AUGUCCUACGCCGAAGCUGCCGCCGCCAACGGUCCUACAGGAUCAAAAGUCGUUGAGGACCCAAUGCAUUCAACCCCUGAGGACGUGAAGAACGAGGCUGCCGAAGGCGCUGAAAAGGUGAAGAAGGAAGCAUCCAAGGCUCUGAAAGACGCUUCCAAGGAGGCCGACAAAUUGAAGAAGGAUGCUUCCAAGGCCACCGACGAGGCUAUCAAGAAGGGUAAGGCUACUGCUGAUAACGUGAAGAAGGACCUCAAGGAGUUGGAGAAGGAGUCUAAGCCAUACAUUGACCUGGUGACGAAGUUUGUCAAGGAGAAGUACCAGGCUGCUUCUAACUUUGUUACUUCGUAUGUGAACAAGGACACUGUUUCUGCUGCUGGAGCUGAGUUCCAGAACCCGGUUGUUUUGGGCCAGCUUGCUGUGAUCUUGGGUGGUGCUACUGCCGGUUGGUUCGUCUACUCUGAGCGUGCCAGAAUCAGAUCGGACAACAAGUAUGUUGUUGGUAUCCACGCUGCCUUGAUCACUGGUCUUGUUGUCGCUGACGGCUUCAUUUUCUCCCAGUUGUACCCUAAGUACAAGAAGAACUAG